CAAGGAAACCGCGUCCAGCCACCAUUCCAUGAUCUUAGUGAGAAGGAUGCUGCAGCAAGCUCUCAGAGUAUCCGGCCGGAGCACCUUCCCUCUAGUCAAGUGGAUGGAGAGGUGGGCUGAGGGCGCAGCAGCAGCCGUACCGAAGGGGACAAAGCAGCUUGCAGGGAAGACUCUGGACGAGAUGCCCGGACCGACGGUGGCCAGCUUCGCCUGGGACUUGUUUGCCAAGCGGGGGCUGUCACGGCUGCACGAGUUACAGCUGGAAGGAGUGCAGCGGUAUGGCCCCAUGUGGAAGGCGAGCUUCGGCCCCAUCCUGACAGUUCACGUGGCUGACCCGGCGCUCAUUGAGCAGGUACUGAGGCAGGAGGGCCAGCACCCCAUGCGCUCUGACCUUUCUUCCUGGAAGGACUACAGGAAGCUGAGAGGACAUCAUUACGGACUCCUGACUUCUGAGGGGGAGGAGUGGCAGACAGUGAGAAGUCUCCUGGGGAAGCACAUGCUGCGGCCGAAGGCGGUCGAAGCUUACGAUGAAACCCUGAACAGCGUGGUCAGUGACCUCAUUGCCAAACUUCGCCAUUGCAGACGUCCUCAAGGCCUCGUCACAGAUAUCUCCAGCGAGUUCUAUCGCUUCGGCCUGGAGGGCAUUUCCUCCGUGUUGUUUGAAUCCAGAAUCGGUUGCCUGGAUCCCGUUGUUCCUGAAGAGACAGAGCAUUUCAUCCAGUCAAUCAACACCAUGUUUGUGAUGACUCUUCUCACCAUGGCCAUGCCAAGUUGGUUGCACCAGCUGUUUCCAAAACCCUGGAACAUCUUUUGUCAGUGCUGGGACUACAUGUUUGAUUUCGCAAAAGGUCACAUUGACCAGCGUCUGACAGCAGAAGCACAGAAAGUUGCCGGCGGAGAAAAGGUGGAGGGCCGCUAUCUGACCUACUUCCUGUCCCAGACAGGGCUGCCCAUGAAGACUGUCUACAGCAACGUCACAGAGCUUCUUCUUGCAGGAGUUGACACAAUCUCCAGCACAAUGUCCUGGUCUUUGUACGAGCUGUCCCGUCACCCUGAGAUGCAGGCCUCACUCCGUGAUGAAGUGCUAACUGUACUGGAGGGUCGUCGCAUACCAGAGGCCGCCGAUGUUGCCCGCAUGCCUCUCCUGAAGGCCACAGUUAAAGAAGUGCUAAGGUUGUAUCCUGUUAUUCCCGCCAAUGCACGAGUCAUCACUGAGAGAGACAUCCAGGUUGGAGGCUACCUGAUCCCUAAAAAUACUUUGAUCACCCUAUGCCACUAUGCAACAUCUCGGGAUCCGGCAGUGUUUUCAAACCCAGACGAAUUCCAUCCUCAUCGAUGGUUGAACAAGGACCAGACUCAUCACCCGUAUGCCUCUGUACCCUUUGGGGUGGGAAAACGCAGCUGCAUCGGUCGCCGUAUUGCUGAGCUGGAGCUCUACCUUGCUCUUGCCAGGAUCCUAAUAGAGUUUGACGUGAAGCCGGACCCAGAAGGGGUUUCCGUUAAGCCCAUGACACGGACGCUUCUAGUUCCUGAAAAUGUCAUUAACCUCCAGUUUAUCGAACGAUGACCCACUCUUCUGGGUGGUACAGUUACGUGAACGUGAGACUCUUGGCAGCAGAGAGCACAAGCAGGUGGAGUUACCACAGGAGCUGUGAGCCCAUAGCACGCAAUGGAGCAGUUCAGAGCGGAUCUUCAACCUUCCACACAUCAAAGACCAAAGCCCUCCAUACCUGCAACCUUGUCUGUGGAGGCUGACAUGUGGAGAUGGACAAACGGGAGAAGGAUGAAGAGGAGUGUAGGUGCAUCACUGAGAAAUUCCCCUGGGAGCGGUGCUACUGCAAAUUUCAAUGUCUUUUGUUUUAAAAACCACCUUUGUAGCGCUUAUUUGCACAAACGCUAAGAGAAAGCCAGUGAUCUCCUCCAAUAUGUUUUAACAAAUAAUCUUCAAACUUGCAUCUUAUCCUUAAUGUGAGUCACAUCAUUAUGUAGGAUUUGACAUGCCGAUAUUUGAAGCAUAUUUCUGAUUAAGCCAUCCCAAAAGUGAUUAAGAACUGUGUUCAUAUAUCACACCAGCUUCCACACUCUUAACUAUACACAGCAAUAUCAACGGUUUCCCGUGUGUCCUGGUUAUGCAAAUGUUUCAUUUCAAGACCGUUUGUGUACAUGUUAUUCCAGUUUUCCAGCAGGGACAUUACAUGUCUCGUGAAGUCUGAGAUGCACAGUGCGUUGUGAAUUAUGAAUUGUGAAGAUUACUAGGAGAGCUUCAGACUGGCAUAAAAGCAAAGUUUCUAACAUCUCCAGCUCUCAUUGAUAUAUUAGUUAGAUUUUUAACAUGUUGAUAACAAUGUUUUUCACAAGGUGCUUAUGGUGAAACACUUUUAGUGAUGGGUUCCUUUUUUAAAAUUUCCACAAAAAUGGCAGCUGUUAAAAAUAUUCCUGUGCAGAAAUACAUGGUGCCACUGGUUUAAAACCCCAAACUGCUCUGCACUUUGACCUUUGUAAAUUGUGUUCGAAAUUCAAAUGUGUGCAACAAUUCAACAGUGCAGCACAAUGCAAGUUUAUCUGUAAUUUUUUAAAUGUAUAAACAUACUAUGACUGAUAUUUAGCCAUUUUGUAAACUUCUGUAUCUGAAUUCUGUAUUUAUUCUAAUUUAACACAUUUGAAAACUGCUACUGUAAAUGUCAAUAAAAGGUUUCAAGUUAA